AUGGCUGGUUUAGAUAAACUGGGUAUUCCUGGAGGUGCUGAUUUAAGAGAAGCUUUAACUAACUGUUCUGAUCCGUUAGCAGCUAUUGAAGAAUUUCAAAAUGAGAAUGGAAUCCUUUUACCAUCUUUAAAACCUGCUUUACCAUUUUUAGAUCUUCAUGGAAUCAAGCGUUUUGAAUUUCAUACAUCAAUCUUGGAACAGAUGAUAGAUAAAUUGACCAAUCAUAUUAGGUUAUUAGCUACUGAGGGUGGUGAUGACAGAUUUAAAAAACUUGAAUCUUUACUGGAGAAAAGUUUUCCAGUCAUAAAGUUAAAAACUGUGCGACCAGUUGUGAUGUGUAUCUUAAAAUAUCUACCAGAAAUCAAACCAGAAUAUCUGAAAAUUAUUUUUGAAGAUAAAGAACUAUAUUCAGAGGCUGCUACUGAAGUCAAACGACAAAUAUGGCAAGACAAUCAAUCUUUAUUUGGUGAUGAAGUCUCACCUCUUUUGUCUCAGUAUAUUCGAGAAAAAGAUUCAUCUCUACUGAGCCAUGAAAAUAAUUCUUUAACAUUUUACGUUCCAAUGCCGAAAGCACGACGACAAGGGGAAGUUGUUCAAAAACUCGUUCACAUGAUCGGCAAAAAUGUAAAAUUAUAUGACAUGGUCUUACAGUUUUUAAGAACUUUAUUUUUACGAACUAGAAAUACUCAUUACUGCACAUUACGAGCUGAGUUGUUGAUGGCCAUCCAUGAUUUGGAAGUCAAUGAGAUUUGUUCUGUUGAUCCAUGUCAUAAAUUCACUUGGUGUGUAGACGCUUGUAUCAGAGAAAGACUAGUAAAUGCUAACAGGGCCAGAGAACUUCAAGGUUUUUUAGAUGGUCUUAAGAAAGGUCAGGAAUUUGUUUUGGGUGAUUUGUCUAUGAUAUUAUGUGAUCCGUUUGCCCUGAAUACAAUUUCUCUAUCAACUAUGAAAGUUUUACAACAUUGUGUCAACACGGACACUCUACCCAGGGAGAACAUAGAUCUUCAAUUGUUAAUUCGAAUGAUGGCACUGGGCCUUGGUGCCUGGAACAUGAUUGAUAGCCAAUGUUUUAAAGAACCCAAAUUGGAUGCAUCUUUAUUUACCAAGUUUAUACCAAUGAUAGUUGGUAUGAUAGUUGAUGAUCAGAUUAGAGUCACAGCCUCGAGGUUAUCUGAGGAUUUUAACCCUGCUAACCUACCAGUUAGAUUACCAUCAGAGCUAUAUGCUGAGUAUAUUAUUGAUAGCUCUAUAGCCAGUUUAUUGGCUAUGUACUAUUCUUUACAAGCCCUCAGAUUAAAGGAUCGAAUCGCUGCCUGUCAAAUCAUACCAACUUUGAUGCAUUGUGAAAACGACCGAGCUUAUGAAGACACGUUUCUUCAUCCGUUUAUCUCCUACUUGAUUCAAAUGCCUGAAGAAUUUGCUUAUGAAGAUUUCACCUCUGUUGUUUUAGAUGAUUUUCUAUUGCCAGCAGUAUCACGAGAGAGUGUAUUAAGACAUUUAUUACGAGUGUUAUGGUAUGUUCAUCAUAAGAUAUCACCAGUUCGAUUAGAUAGAGUCAUGACCACCAUUAAACCAUCAAAUGAGCAAAGUGAGGCAUCUCUGAGUGUUUAUCAGCAGUUAUCAAUGAAGAUAUCAUCCUACACCCCCAGUCCUACUGCCCCCCAACAGGAGCUGGAUUCACCCCUCAUGAAUGUACCUGCCCCUACACCAGCCCCUCCAUAAUUCCAUAAAAAUUAUUAAAAUAUAAAUGAUGUAUACUUU